AAGAAAAGAUAAAUUUUAUAAAUAAUGAUAAAAAUUAUUCAAUAUUAAUUUGAAAGAAUUGUAGCGCGAGAUAAGAGUAUACAUUCGGUGUCAAAGAAACUAAACUGUAACAUGAUCGACACGCGACACAUGGCUUCGAAGGAUCUCUUAAGAAUCAAGGCCACGACACCAGUCUCGAGUCAGCUUUCUGGUUACUGAUUCAUCUGUCAUGAUCACAUUUCAACCCCCCACGAACAUCAUUCGUAUAAAAGUUCGUAGCUUGAAACUCUCAGGGCACUUUCACAGAAUACAGCUAACAGAAACGAUACUUGUACUUGCAAUAAUACAGGUAAAAACAGUAUGAUAUCGAGGAAAUGUGUGCUAAUCUUAAUUAUGAUGCUGGGAAUCGUAUACCAAACAUUUGGAACAACUGAAGAUUCUUACAGAAAUCUGUUGGCAUUAAAUUUUCCAUAUGACAGAGGAGUGAAUAAUGACCUACAAAGGAUUGCAAAACUAUUACUAUUCCCACCGUGUCUUUGUCAUUCUAAACGUAAUUCAGAACUCAUAAACUCGCUUCUAGGUCUACCGAAAAAUAUGAACAAUGCUGGAAAGUAGAAUUGUUAAAAUUCUA